GCGGUGGCUCCAUCUCGCGCGGGCAGCCGCAUGCAGCAGUACGACGACGCCGGCCUCCAGGAGGCGGUCGCCGCGGCCGCUCAGCAAGGCGAGGGUGGCGCCGCCACCGGCGCCGGUGAGGACGCCGACGUGCCCGCCGCCCCCGAUCCCAACGCCCUCAGUCUAGUGCCGGCCGCUGGCAAUGGCGCGCAGCACAAUCAGAGAGACGUAAGCGACGACGAGGACGACGACCAUCCGGUAGCCAACGGAGGUGGCUAUUGGAGGCAAGGGGCGGCCACCCGCCCCUCCAGUCCUCCGAUGGCGGAUAAUGCCAGCGACGCUUCUUCUAUGCAACCCCCAGCGCCCAGAUCAAAAAGCCGAGUAGAAAUGGCAACCAGCAGAUAUUCUAAUUUGGGAUAUUGGAAAGCUCGUAGAGUACUUUUUUACAAAAAUGGCGACCCAUUCUUCCCCGGAGUUGAAUUUAGAUUUAAACCAGGACGUGAUAUUGUUAGUUUGGAAUCUUUAUUGGAUAAAUUGUCACUUAGAAUGGAUCUUCCAAGAGGA